AUGGAACAACAUAAAGAGGAACGUUUGGAUGUUAUCAUUUUUGGCGCGAGUGGAUUCACCGGCAAGUACACCAUUUUCGAAGGCAUCAAGCUGCUCGAGGGCCUACGGUGGGGUGUUGCUGGCCGUAGUCGGGAUAAGCUUCGGCAAACGGUUGCUGAGGUUGAAAAAAAGGCGAACAAAGACCUAUCGGAGGUGCCAAUCAUUACGGCCGACCUGAAAGAUGAGGAAUCGUUAAAGCGUAUGGCCGAACAGUGCAAGGUGUUGAUCAACUGUUGCGGUCCGUACCGGUUCUACGGUAAGCCGGUGGUGAGUGCUUGCAUCGAGGCCGGCACACACCAUGUGGACGUGAGCGGUGAACCGCAGUACAUGGAACGGAUGCAGCUCGAGUACCAUCAGCAGGCACAGGAACGUGGCGUUUACGUCGUGUCGGCCUGUGGUUUUGAUUCGAUUCCGGCCGAUCUUGGUACCGUGUUUCUGGAGCGCGAGUUUGACGGUGUGGUCAACUCGGUCGAAACCUAUCUGCAGGUGUCGUCGAAGAUACCGCACGAUGGUGGUGCGGUCCUACACUACGGUACCUGGGAGUCGGCCAUUUACGGCUUGGCCCACGCCAACGAGUUAAGGCCUCUGCGCACGCAGCUGUACAAGACGCGGUUGCCAAACUUUCAGCCACGCUUGAAGGAUCGCAUGGUGGUGCAUAAGGCGAGCUUCCUAAACGGUUGGUGGGCGGUACCGUUCCCCGGUUCCGAUCGUUCGGUAGUGAUGCGCUCGCAACGUCACUUUUACGACACGGAAAAGAAACGUCCAAUUCAAAUGAAAGCCUACGUUGCGUUUGAAUCGAUCGUUCAAGUGCUGGGAGUCGCACUCGUAGCGAUUGUAUUUGCGAUCAUGUGUCGCUUCAAAUUUGGCAGACAAUUAUUACUGAAGUACCCGAAAUUGUUCACCUUGGGAUACGCAUCGCACGAAGGCCCGUCGGAAAAAUCAAUGGAAAAUGCCCAGUUUGCAAUCUACUUCCGGGGCGAAGGUUGGGAUAAGGACGAGAAGCUACUGGAACCGACCGACCAAUUCAAGAGUCCGCCAACGAAGAAGAUUGUCACUAAGGUAUCCGGUACCAAUCCGGGCUAUGGAGCAACGUGCGUGGCACUGAUACUAUCCGCUCUUACUAUUUUGCGCGAGAGUGACAAAAUGCCCGGAACGGGUGGCGUGUACCCGCCCGGUGCGGCAUACGCUAAAACGAGCUUAAUCGAACAGCUGUCCAAGAACGGUUUCAAGUUCGAGGUUAUCAAACCAUCCAAGUAAAUAGCAUGUGCUGAU